AUGGCAACAAGCCCCGCCCCCCACCCCGCGCGCCUCCGGAUCACGCCCACUCCGCUCUUAAAGGAGCCGCCGGACGGAAUUUGGGAAGGGGGGGAGGGGUUGCGGGGGGGCCCCGCGGCGCGCGCGCUGAUUGGUCCGAGCCUCCGGCCAAUGGCGGCGCUCCGCGGUGACCUCAUCGCUCGGCCGCCCCGGCUCGCCAUUGGCCCACGCUGGCCACGCCCUCGCCGGGCCCACGUGGGGGGCGGGAUGGGCGUGGCCACGGGGCCGGCGCGGCCGCUGAUUGGCCGCUGCCGGCGGCGGCUCCGCUUAAACAAGCCCGGACGCGGCCUCGGCCCCGCCUACGGCGCUUCCGAUUGGUUACUGUACUCCCGGCCCCGCCCCCGGCGCGCCCCCAUUGGUCACUGUCAGCGGGGAGUGGGCGGGACGCCGGCCGGCGGAGGGCGGUGUGGAUUGGUCGGGGGAGCUGCCAAUCUGGCGGACCCCACGGCCCGGCGGGAGGACGAUGAAGCCGGCGAGGAAGGCCGGCGGCUCCUCCUCCUCCUCUUCCUCCUCCUCCUCCUCUUCGGGUCCCCGUGCCGGCCUCCCCCCUCCGGGUCGCCCCAAACCCCCCAAACCCCGCGACGAAGACCCCGCCGGCGGCGACCCCCUGAGCGACCCCCCCCACCGCCACCCCCUCCUCACCACCCCCCUCCCCCUCCCCGCACCCCGACGACCCUCCCCCACCCAGCCGCAAGACCACCACCUUCAAAUCCCGCGCCCCCCGCAAAAAAACCCCCCCGGCCACCGGCGAGCCCGGAGAUCUUUUGGGCGACCACCCGGGCGACCUCCCCCCGGGCGACCCCCCCCCGGGCGACCCCUCCUGCGACCCCUCCUGCGACCCCUCCGGCAGCGGCUGCUCCAGCACGGACACGGCCAGCGAGCACUCGGCCGACGAGGGCGGGGGUCUCCCGGCGCCCCCUCCCGGCGAUCCCCCCGCUCCCCCCCGCCCUGGAAGCCGCGUUCCGCCGGCUCCGUUGCCAACGAGUCCUGGCUCGCCACGACGGCGUUUUCCGCCCGGCCGUGGUCAAGCAGCUCCGCCGCGGCCACGAGCUGGGCGUUCAAUUCGCCGGAGACCGCGGGCUCACUUUCCUCGAGGGCGGCUUCCUCGGGGACCCCCCGGCCGUGGUGCUGGACGCCACCCCCCCCGCGGGAGCGCUGGGUGUGGGCACCGCGGUUUGCGCCCGUUUGGAUCCCGCCGAGACGCUUUACCGGCCGGGCACGGUGGUGGAGAUCAGCGCCAAACCCCCCUCGUACCGGGUGCGCUUCGCUCCGCCGCCCCCCGCGCCCCCCGUGUGGGUUCCGCGCUCGGGGCUGCGCUUGUUGAGACCCCCGUGGCCGCCGCGACCGCACGGCGAGGAAGAGGAGGACGAGGGCGCCCCGAGACAACCGGAGGACGCCGAAGUUUCCAAGCUGAGCUCGGCUCCGGCGGCGCCGGCUCCUCCUCGGCCCGGCGUUCCUCCCGCCGCUCCUUCUUCCUCGUCCUCGUCUUCGUCUUCCUCGUCGUCGUCCUCCUCCUCCGUCCCGCAGCCCUCGGGGACCCCUCAGCCCAAGUACAAGAAGGGGGACGUGGUUUGCACCCCGAACGGGAUCCGCAAGAAGUUCAACGGCAAGCAGUGGCGGCGGCUGUGCUCGCGGGACGGCUGCACCAAGGAGUCGCAGCGCCGAGGUUUCUGCUCCCGACACCUCUCCAUGCGCACCAAGGAGCUCGAGGGGCUCCCCGAGGCCCGCCCGGGACCCCCGGGACCGCCGGCAACGCGAGGGGGCAGCGCCGACUUCGAAUGGGGCGACGAGACCUCGAGGGAGAGCGAGGGCGACGGCCGAGCUCGCCUGGGGGGCGCUCACCCCUCCGCGGCCCCUCCCGCCAACCCCGACCUGUCGCGAUUCGAGUUCGACGAGUGCGAGGCCGCCGUGAUGCUCGUGUCCCUGGGCAGCUCCCGCUCGGGCACCCCGAGCUUCUCGCCGGCCUCCACGCAGUCCCCGUUCUCCCCCGCGCCCUCCCCGUCCCCUUCUCCCCUGUUCGGGUUCCGCCCGGCCAAUUUCAGCCCGGUCACCGCGUCCCCCCGGGCCCGGGGGCGGCACCUGAGCUCCGGGACCCCCCGUCCCGGUGAGGGUCUGAGCCCCCCGCCCCCUCCUCCUCCUCCUCCUCCUCCUCCUCCCCCUCCUCCUCCUCCUCCUCCUCCCCCUCCCCCCCCGCCCCGCGCACGACCCCCGUCCGGCGUCCCCCCGGUUUUCCAGCCCGGUUUGACCUUCACGGUUCCGCUGAGCCCCGGGAAGCGCAAAGCGGAGCCGGAGCAGGACGGGGGAGGGGCGGGGGGCUGCGGGGGAGGGGCGAUGUUCCGAGCCCUCUCCCCGUUAUUCGCCCCCCGCUCCCCCGCGGGGCUCACGGCCGACCCCGGGCCCGGCGCCCGCAGGGUCCCGGCGGUUCCCCGGGGGUCUCCGGUGAUCGUUCGGAACCCCGAGGUUCCCCUGCCCGACCCUCCCCCCGCCAGGCCCCGCCCCUUGCCCCCCUCCCCAAAAGCCCCCCCUGGCCGCCCCGUGCCCAUCAACGCCGGGCGCCUGCGCCCCCCGAGCCGCCCCCCUCCCCCCUCGGCCGCGCCCCCCGAGAGGGGAGGGGCCCCUCCCCCACCCGCCGCCGCCCCCUCCCCCGCCGCUUUCGGGGGUCCCCCCCUGCACCCCGUGGCCUUCCACCCCUCCCCCGCCGCGCUCCUGCCCCUCCUGGUGCCCGGAGACUUCGGGACCCCCCCGGCCCCCCGCAAGGAGAUCGUCAUGGGCCGGCCCGGCACAGUCUGGACCAACGUGGAGCCGCGCUCGGUCCGGGUGUUCCCGUGGCAUUCCCUGGUUCCGUUCCUGGCCCCGAGCCAGCCCGACGCCCCCCCCCACCCCCCCGGCCGGCCUGCAGCCCGUGUCCCACCCCCCCGGGGGGCCAGCAGAGCAAAGGUGAGAGCGACGCACCUGGGGAACAGCCGCACGCGAGCCCCCCCGAGUCGGCCGCCGUGGUCCCGGACCCGGGGGGGUCCCGGGCAGGAGCCCGGACGCUGCGGGGGGGCCACUCGCCCCCCCCAGCCCCCCCCCCCCCCGCGGCCCCUCCGGCCCCGCCCCCCGCGGCCACGGCCCCCGCCCAGCGAGGAGGAAACCCGCCCGGGGGGGGGCACCCGGCCGGACAGCGAGACAGAGAGUGACCACGACGACGCGUUCCUCUCCUCCAUCGUGGCCCCAGAGCUGCCCCUCCCGCUGGCCCCGGGCAAGCGCCGGACGCAGUCCCUGAGUGCCCUGCCCAAGGAGGGGGACAAGGACGGCCGCAGCCCCAGCAAGGACCACAUCCGCCGGCCCAUGAACGCCUUCAUGAUCUUCAGCAAGCGGCACCGGGCCCUGGUGCACCAGAGACACCCGAACCAGGACAAACGAACCGUCAGCAAGAUCCUGGGAGAGUGGUGGUACGCGCUGGGGCCGCGCGAGAAACAGCAGUACCACGACCUGGCCUUCCAGUGGUGGUACGCGCUGGGGCCGCGCGAGAAACAGCAGUACCACGACCUGGCCUUCCAG